AUGCUUUCGAUCCUAUUGUCAUCAAUUGCAUAUGCCAAAGAGGUACCAGUGCCAGGUGCAUAUUCUGAUCUAGUAGAAUCAGAACUUGAAUUGACUUUCACUCCAAAGGAAAAUUUCGAUUCUUUCGUAAUUUUCCCUAAACCAGAAAACUUCAAGGUAAACGAUCGUGAUCUCAAGCGCGUUUACACCAAUCCAACAUCUUUAACUAUCAAAGCCAACAACAAUUACUUAAAUUACUCGUAUGUUCAACUUAAGAAAGGCAAAUGUGAUACAUUAGACUUCAUUAUGAACAAGUACAGCAACGAUUGGGUCGAAAUGUAUCCAGGCGGCAAUUAUCAUAAUUUUUGUUCUAUUUUUGCCAAUCCAAACGUAUCAAAUUCUGUUUUCUACAGACGCUACACCAAAGCUGAAAUACAAUUGUACGAUAAUUUCGUAUUGGAUGGAAAAUCUUAUCUUAAAUGGACAGAAGGUGCAACAUUUUCUGUUAGUUACAACACAUUAAUUGCCAAGUACAUAAGUUCAGAAGAUGUUGAAUAUCGUGUUUCCCAAUAUUAUGGUAUCAACAAUAACACGAACAAAUCUAUGACAGAUAUCUAUCAUGUUCAAGCUUAUGAUUCACGUGAAAAUGGUUAUGCAAUUAUUGAUGAUAUUGUUGAUUUCAAAUAUGGAAAUUACAAUGUUGAUGUACAUAAUGAAUAUAUAUUAACUAUUCCACAGAAUUCUAUUAUGUUAAUAACAGAGCGUGGCCUGCUCAGAAUCAAAGUAUUCUCAGGCACUGUUGUUGUAGAUGAUCCAGACACCAUCCCAGAAAUUGCAGGAUUUGUGUUUGCAAGUGAUUCAUAUGUUAGAGUCACAGGAAAUAGCUCAUUAUCAUUUAUAAUGAUUAAGAAUACAUCUCUGCCAUCAAAAUUCAAUAAAGUUGUUACAAUAUUUGGUGAGAAAGAUUACACUGUUAAAUAUGAUGCCGAUUCACAAUACUCCAUUUUUGCAGUAACAAAGAAUGGUGACAUCAAAGUUUCCAAAGACAAAAAUGCAAAAUAUUAUGAUAUGUAUGGCAAUGAGAUUUCAAACAAUCAGAAGUUUGCUGAUUUCGUUUAUGUUUCUAUUGAUCAUCCAAAGAGCAAAUCAUCUAUCAGCUUUAAAGUUGGAGGUAAUACACAGUAUCCAAUGGUGAUCAAAGAUACAAGAGGAUAUAAUAACUAUCACAUUAUUGCCAUCAAUGAAACAACUUCUUAUGGCUUAAACGAAGAAGAUCGUGAUGAUGAACUUGAUUUCCUUAAAUGGUUGAUUCCUCUUAUUAUCACAGGCAUAGUUGUUGGAGUUCUCCUUGUUAUUGGCGUUGCCGUAUUUAUUAUUUGGAGAUGCAAGAAGACCAAUGAUAGUCCUAUUGAAUACAAAAAAGUAUGA